AUGACCACAUCCAACGCUGAGGCCAUCGGGCCAUUUGCGUCCAUGGACGACCCCUUCGUUGCGAAUUCCGGAAGGCCAACUGCUCGUCGCGACUCCAAUCGAUACUCGCCCUUUGACAGUCAGUUAUACAGCCUGAAUGCGUCUUCACCAGCACAAGCUAAACGGGCCCUCGAGGCCCACUUGGCGGAGACGGAGCGCCGUCUGGAGGAGGCCUCAAGGCUAGGAACGGCCCUUAUCGAUCAGCAACGGCAGCUCUCGGAGCAGUUGAAGGAGGUUGAGCAGGAGCAGAAUGAGGGAGAGAUGGGCCCGGAACUGCGACGCAAACUGGCAGAUUUGGAAAAGGAGUACAAUGAGAUCGGCUUGGAGUCAGCACGAGCGUUUUUAGGACCCAAACGUCUUGCCGGAGGCCCGGAGGAUGCUCAACUUGGAACGCUAUCUUUCGAUCAAAAGUCACCCUUAAAUUCCGCUUUGUUCGCCAGUCAAGCCACAAACUCCCCUAGCAAAGUCAGCGUUCCAUCCCGCAAGCAGCGCAAUCAACCGUCGAACCGUGUCCACGAUAUCGAAUUUGCGACUGAGAUCUCCACUUCACUUUUGGCCCAGGUCCGCCAACUGCAAGCUCUUCUCGCAGAACGAGAUGAGACACUCAAGUUUGUCAAUUUGGAAAAGUCCAGACUUGAGUUGGAGGCAGAGGGUUAUGAACAAAGGAUCCGGGCGCUCGACGACAGUGAGCAACGCUACAAGGACGAGAACUGGGCGCUGGAGACUCAAGCACAUGAGUUUAUGGCAGCUGCAAGGGAGGCCGCGGAACGUGAACAACGGCUCAACACUACCAUCACAUUGUCGAAUUCGGAAAAGAACGCCGCGGAACGAGAGCUGGAGGAGCUAAGGCAGACCAAUGCGAGGCUGCUUGAGGAUCAAAUCCUCACGCAGAAGGCAAAUGAUGCGGAAAUCCACCUCUUGCGGAGGAACCUGACUUCUGGCGAUGCGGAAAAGGCCGCGCUCCAAAAGAAGCUCUUAGAAAUGACUUCUCAAAAUCAAGAACUCGCCAAGGCCGUUGCCAUGAGGCUCCGAGACUAUGAAAACCAGAACUCGAGGGAUAUUGCAUAUGACGACGAGGACAAUGAGCCCGAGCAGAUCACACCUGAAAGCUCUCCGCCACCGUCCCCCAACAAGUUCACCCCUCGCCAUGGCCAUCUUGAAUCGGAAACAUUGAAGAGCUCGCUCGGCCAUGCUCAUCGCAUGAUCCAGAGUCUUAAGAGCACAAUUCAUCGCGAGAAGACCGAAAAGAUUGAGCUCAAGCGCAUGCUGCAAGAGGCUCGGGAUGAAGUUGAGCAACGCCGCCGUGAGAGCACUACGGUAAACGCAACCAGCAAACGCCAGAAGACGAAGACGGAGCCGUCCCGAAAGCCUCCCCGCCCAGAUCUUUUGGGCGCAGGCCGCAAAGAGAAAUCAGUUGUUGAGCUUAAUGACACCGAUUGGGAAGACAAUGCGGGCCAAAUCAGUCCUACCGAGACCCACACCAAGGCGUUAUCCACUAGGGGCCGCUCUCGCUCGCAGUCUCCUGAUGAACCUAGCGACGUCUACCAUACAGCCACCGAGGCGGAAGAUGGAUUUGAAACAGCGAAUGAGGUGGCAACCGCAACUGAGAGCGAAGCAUUCCAGACUGGUGUCGAAAGCAUGGCGGAUGACAGCAGCGAUUCGGCAGAUCUUACCGAGACAGAAAACGUACAGACCACUCCUCGCCGCCGAGUGCCUUCUCCCCUGCUCCUGGCCAAAGCUCGCAACCGCAACUCAUAUAACAGCACUGCUUCCGCAUCUUCCGAUGAGGAAGAGUAUGAUAAAGUGUUCGACUCUCCGAGCCAGAGGAAUGCCUCCAGACCCCGUGUUAAGUCUAAACGUAGCGUGAGACGUAUUCGUCCAUCUGGAGAGGCCACAUUCGCAUCAACCAGUCGACCUUCGAGUUCACGCGAAUCCGCAGCACCCAGCUUUGCGCCACUGCCAUUAGCUCAAGAGGGCCAGAGCCUCUUUGCCGAACUUGGAGAGCUCGAGGACAUUGAUGAUGACGAAGUAAACUCCCAGGCUUCGACACCCCGCAUGGAGCCUGCAUCGGGCUCACGCAGACCCUCAGAUGCAAUGCUGGAUGCACUACCUAAGCCCGCAAUGGUGGAUUCUGGUGUUAUGACUGAACCUUGGGAGCCCACGUCUAUCAGUACUAGCAUUGUUGCUGGAGCUGUCGGUAUUGCUGCAGGAGCUGCUCUGCCGCAUGCUCUUGCACCCGACGCAACUCAAACAGACCGGGAGAUCGGCGAGGAAACAAAGGCGACUCCACUCAAGCCCUCAUCCGAUGACCCAUCGAAUGUUUCUACCCCGCAAAACAUGCUUGUGGGCGAUCGUUCGGUUCAAGACCAGCAGGACGAUGUCAACGCUCAACCCGAUCUACCCGAAAUGGGCAUAGCGCACGUUUCUUCCCAAGAGACCACGCCUUCCGCACCUAAACGGCCUGAUCUGAGUGUCGCAUACAUCACCGGGGGCACCACCGCACCGGUGAAGCAUGUCCUGCCCGCACCGGAAGUGUCGGAGAUGACGAUAUCUUCAAUUUCAUCACAAACAUCUCAUCCCAUUCAACCAACGGUUCUCGUGCCUGAGCCAAUCAUCAAGCAUGUCGAGGUUAUCAAAUACGUGGAACGCGAGCCGGAGGUGCCCGAGCUGACAUUCUCCUCCAUCACCACUCAAUCAACCUCCCCUGUCCAAGCAACAGUUGCUGUGCCAGAGCCUAUCAUCAAGUACGUCGAUGUAAUUAAAGAGGUUGAACGCGAGCGUGAAGUUCCAGAAUUGAGCUUGUCGUCUGUCGCCGCUCAGUCGACAGUACCUAUCCAAGCAACCGUUGCGGAACCAGAACCCGUCAUCAAAUACGUCGAGCGCGAGCGCGAGAUCCCCGAGUUGACAUUAUCUUCCAUUAAUAAUCAUUCCACUGUCCCUGUUCAGGCAACUCUUGCUGUGCCGGAGCCUGUUGUCAAGUACGUUGAUGUGAUCAAGCACGUUGAACGCGAGCGUGAAGUACCAGAGUUGAGCUUCUCUUCUGUCGCCGCUGAGUCAACGAUACCUGUCCAGGCAAUCCAGGCAACUGUUCCUGAGCCUGAACCCGUCAUAAAAUACGUCGACGUAAUCAAGCACGUCGAGCGCGAGCGCGAGAUCCCCGAGUUGGGCUUCUCUUCCAUUAAUAAUCAAACGACUGUCCCUGUCCAGGCAACUCUUGCUGUGCCGGAGCCUAUCGUCACGUACGUCGAACGUGAGCCUGAGGUGCCUGAAUUGACCUUCUCCUCUAUCACUGCUCAAACCACCGAGCCAGUCCAAGCAACUGUUCCCGAACCGCAGCCGCCAGUCAUUCAAUACGUUGAUGUCAUUAAGCACGUUGAACGUGAGCGCGAAGUGCCAGAGGCAAGCUUCUCUUCUAUCACCACUCAGUCCACUGCGCCUGUACACGCAACACUUGCCAAGGCGGAGCCGAUUAUCGAAUACGUCGACGUUAUAAAGCACGUUGAGCGCGAGCGCGAAGUGCCUGAGUUGACGUUCUCUUCCAUCAACAACCAGUCCACUGCCCCUGUGCAGGCAACUAUCGCCAAAGCAGAGCCUGUAAUUGAAUACGUUGAUGUUAUCAAGCACGUCGAGCGUGAGCGUGAGGUGCCCGAAUUGACUUUCUCUUCGAUCACCACUCAAUCUACUACGCCAGUCGAAGCAACUGUUCCUGAACCCGAGCCACCUGUCAUUCAAUACGUCGAUGUUAUCAAACACGUUGAACGUGAGCGCGAAGUACCGAACUUGACGAUCUCUUGCCUCGAUCCAGCAUAUACGAAGCCUAUUGUUCCAAAGCCCCGCCUUGUCCCUACGCCGGAAUUCUCAUUCUCCUCCGUGCGCUCUGUGGAAACUCAUCCAGCGAAGUCUAUGCCAUUUGUCAUCCCUGCGGUGGCAGAUUUAUCUACUCAAACAGAGCCGACAGAGUCAAAGGCUGGGGCCGCUAUCAUGGUCCCCGGAGAGCAGCCUGUUGGCGCUACUCGUAGCCGCCCUAGCACAGCUAAUAGUGAUCAGCUCGCUGGUGCUGGACUGGCCUUGAACGAUAUCUCUGGCAACGCCCUACCUCGCUCUGUUAGACAGCAACCUAGUUCAGUGAGCAUGGACCAAGGAUCCCAGACUAUCCUGUCCUCUAAACAGAUAGAUCAAAUCCUGAUGGAUCGCGUGUCCGCACGCCCGCUGUCUUCCGACAGUCAGGUGACGGACAGCUCACGGGAGAUUGCCUCAGUCACUGCAAGUAUCACAACUCCACAUGUACCACCCAAGGCUCCGACGCGACCUCGCCUUUCGCAAAUUCAGGCUGCGAAACCAACAACGCCAAGUUACCGCCGGCCCCACAGUUCAGCCAGUCAGACAUCUGGUGCCAGCCAUCCUCCACUACCCUUCGAUCACCGGGAAGCUAUCACAGCAGCCGAGAAGAAGUCCAUCGACGUGGCUCCGCCAUCCCCUACGUCUGUCAUGGGGCCUCCUUUGGCACCUGCCUCUGCCUACCGCAUGAACUCCCAGCGCCCACUUACGCCAAGCGAACACGCUGCGCGGGCAAGCUCUUCAAGAACCGGUUCAUCCCAGGCCAGAAUGAGGAGAGGAAGUCAAAGCCAGAUGUCUCGACGAUCCUCAGUCUCGUCUUUUGCGUCUGAGCUCGAGGAGCGUUUCAAUAUGGCCCCUCAGGUUGGCCCCAUGCCUCAGGGCUAUGGACCUAAUACGGAUCCGCGCAUGAUCCAGGCGAUUACUCAGACCAUGAUUGGUGAAUUCCUUUGGAAAUACACUCGCAAGACCGGCUCGUCGGAUAUGUCCACAACACGGCACCGACGAUACUUCUGGGUUCACCCGUAUACCCGAACUCUGUAUUGGAGUACGCAGGACCCACAAACUGCCGGAAAGACUGAGCUCCGUACCAAGAGUGUGCCCAUUGAGGCUGUUCGAGUGGUUGCCGACGACAACCCCUAUCCUCCGGGUCUUCACUGCAGGAGCUUGGAGGUUGUCAGUCCUGGCCGACGAGUUCGCUUUACGGCUACAACGAGCCAGAGGCAUGAGACGUGGUUCAAUGCGUUGUCUUACCUCCUUCUAAGGGAGACCAACGACACCUGUGAGGACAAUAACAGCGUAUCCCUUGACGACAUCAACGAGUUCAACCCCCCAAGCUUCCGGUCUAGCUCUCGUCAGAACGCACGACUGUCGUUCUCAUCUUACAAUAGCCGCACCGCUCGUCAUGCAUCCAAGCAACAGCGGAGAGCGGCCUCGGCGAUGUCCAUGCGAUCUUCCGGGACUCUCGGUGGCCGUGCAUCACCGGCGCUCAGCUCACCCGUGCCAAACUCGUCGUUGCAAGUUCCCGAUGAUCGCCAACGCUCUUCGUCAAGACUCAGCACCAUCUCAAGUUCGAUUCGGGGAUCCAUCGCAAGUCUGAAGGUACGGCACGGUCAAUCUCCCAGUAUCAACGAUGAAAUUCUUCAUGGCCAAGAAAGUGCCGAUGAUCUGAGACAAGUGAUCGAAACCCAGGAGCAAGACCGGCUUGAAAAUGUCCGUGCCUGUUGCGACGGAAAACACGACGUUGGCUCCCUUGCUCGCACCAGUCGGUACAGCCCGAGGGUCAACCGCAUGCACUCACCCCACCAUCGCUGA